AUGUACCGGGCGGCGGCGGCGGCCAUUUCGCGGUCCUCCUCCUCGGCGCUGCGGCGGCAGCUCGCCCGCGGCGGCUUCGGCGGCGGGGGCGGGGAGCAGCGGCAGUGGGUGCGCGGGUAUGCGGCGAAGGAGGUCACCUUCGGCGUCGGCGCGCGCGCCGCCAUGCUGCGGGGCGUCAACGACCUCGCGGACGCCGUCAAGGUCACCAUGGGCCCCAAGGGGCGCAAUGUGGUUAUCGAGAGAUCGAACAGAUCCCCUAAGGUCACCAAGGACGGGGUCACCGUUGCCAAGAGCAUAGAGUUCGAGGACAGCGCCAAGAAUGUCGGGGCGAGCCUGGUGAAGCAGGUCGCGGAUGCCACUAACAAGGCAGCAGGAGAUGGUACCACUUGCGCAACUGUGCUUACACAGGCAAUUCUCACGGAAGGCUGCAAGGCUGUGGCAGCAGGGGUCAAUGUUAUGGAUUUGCGGAAAGGCAUAAACAAGGCUAUAAGCGCCGUCACUGCUCACCUCAAAAGUAAAGCAUGGAUGAUUGAUUCCCCAGAUGAAAUAAACCAGGUAGCUACAAUUUCUGCAAAUGGCGAAAAGGAAAUUGGAGAUCUGAUAUCAAAAGCUAUGGGAAUAGUUGGAAAGGAUGGCGUCAUUACUAUUGCUGAUGGCAAAACAUUGGAUAAUGAGCUUGAAGCAGUCCAGGGAAUGAAGUUGACUAGAGGCUACAUAUCCCCUUACUUUGUAACUGAUCAGAAGACUCAGAAAUGUGAGUUGAAAGAUCCUCUGAUUCUUAUUCAUGACAAGAAAAUCUCAAACAUGAAUUCACUUCUUCCAGCAGUGCAAAUUUCUAUUCAGAACCGCAGACCUCUUCUCAUUUUUGCUGAGGAUGUAGAUGGAGAAGCUCUAUCAAUGCUUGUACUGAACAAGCAUCGUGCUGGACUAAAGAUAUGUGCCGUCAAAGCUCCUGGAUUUGGUGAAAACAGAAGGGCCAAUCUGGAUGAUAUGGCUGUUUUAACAGGAGGGCAGGUUAUUAGCGAGGACCAAGGUCUUGAUCUUGAUAAAGUCGAACUACAAAUGCUCGGCACAGCUAAGAAGGUUACUGUAUCUCUUGAUGACACUAUCAUUCUAGAUGGUGGAGGUGAAAGGCAACAGAUAGAAGAGAGGUGUCAACAGCUUAGAGAAUCACUUGAGAACAGCACCUCCAUGUUCGACAAAGAAAAGGCUCAAGAGCGUUUAUCAAAAUUAUCUGGAGGCGUUGCUAUUCUCAAGAUUGGUGGAGCUAGUGAAGCUGAAGUUGGUGAGAAAAAAGACAGGGUAACAGAUGCUCUAAAUGCUGCAAGGGCUGCUGUGGAGGAGGGUAUUGUUCCAGGUGGUGGAGUUGCACUUUUAUAUGCCACCAAGGAGAUCGACAAUAUUAGCACAUCGCAUGAGGAUGAAAAGAUUGGAGUUCAGAUUAUCAAGAAUGCUUUGAAGGCCCCUCUGAUGACCAUAGCUGCAAAUGCCGGCAUCGAUGGUGCCAUAGUUAUUGGGAAGCUACUGGAACAAGAUAAUCUUAGUCUGGGCUAUGAUGCAGCAAAAGGGGAGUAUGUUGACAUGAUCAAGGCUGGUAUCAUCGACCCCGUGAAGGUGAUCCGAACUGCACUUCAAGAUGCAGCAAGCGUUUCUCUGCUGAUGACAACCACAGAGGCCGCAGUCGCUGAGCUUCCGUCGACAAAAGCCAGAAUUGCCAGUCGCAUGCCGGACAUGAGCGGAAUGGGUUUCUGA